UGAACGUGCUCCAUAACGACUCAGCGCUUUGUCCAACUUGUGUCGAAUACUCUUUUCACAGGAAGGCUGGCAGCGAUGAAAGGUGCUGUUUAGUUGUCAUACUAAAUAUUAUACACAGUAAUUCCACUCUAUAGGUGGUCUGCAUUACCACAGACACAUUGAGACGUGGAGUAGAAGGCUAAAAUACAUUGGAAACUAUUCUUUGAUAGCCAGACAGACCGUUGGGCCAAGUGCUGUCACCGAGCGCGUAUUAAGGACAUCUCACACGCACAAUGGGGAAAGUCUUCUCCAAGGCAUUCGGGAACAAGGAGAUCCGAAUUCUCAUGCUUGGGCUGGACAACGCGGGCAAGACCACGAUCCUCUACAAGCUCAAGAGCGGCAAGGGGGUGGCCACCAAGAGCACGGUGCCCACCGUGGGCUUCAACGUGGAGACCGUGAGCUACAAAAGCGCCUCCUUCAGUGUGUGGGACGUGGGCGGGCAGCACAAGAUCCGCUCGCUGUGGCGCCACUACUACACGGGCACCCAGGCGAUUGUGUUCGUCGUGGACUGCGGCGACCGCGACCGGGUGGACGAGGCACGGCAAGAGCUGUCGAGCCUCCUGUCCGACUCCGAGAUGCGUGGCGUUUCGCUGCUCGUGCUGGCGAACAAGCAGGACGCGCCGGAGGCCAUGCGUCCAGCCGAGCUGCAGGAGGCGCUUGGCUUGCCCCGUCCUGGAGAAGGAGAUUCCAGGCGAUGGCUGGUGCAGCCGUCGUGCGCCAUCAUGGGCCACGGCCUCUACGAGGGCCUCGUGUGGCUGGCGGACAACUACCAGCCCCGGCCCAGCAACGUCUACGGAUGA